GCUUUGAUUUGUUCAAGUCACCCAACACAUAAAAGGAAAUAGACAAGUCAAACAGCCAGCUUAACCAGGAACAAUCUCCUUGGCUCCUGCAACUUCUUUGUUUUUCUUUUUAUUUUUGUACCUUGUAGUAAUAACAAUCUGACCACUAAAAACAAAAAUGCAGAAGCACUUCUUAGCUUUCUGGUGCUUCUUUUGUUUCUUUCUCAGACAAACAACUUCUUCUUCUUAUUCUGUCAAAGACAAGAAGCUGGCUGAGUUCCAAGCAAGGAUUCAAGACAUUUCUGCCCCUAAUUUGCCUCCUGCAGCUCCAGGCACCAAAAGGAGCGGGAGAGUUUUUUAUCCAACUGGGUACGGAGCAGACCCGGGUGGAGUAGAAGAAAGCUGUGAAGCCUUUCUUCAAGCUCUGGAGGAAGCUUUCCAGGUGCAGAAAGGCCUGGAAAUGCUGCCUGGUGUCAAUGACUUGGGGGGUCUUAUCGUUGAUUUGCAAGGUGGAAACUACAAAAUCAGCAAGCCCAUUCGAUUUCCCCCUUCUGGUGGAGGCAACAUUGUGAUAAAAGGAGGGACACUACGAGCAUCAACAACAUUUCCAACUGAUCGCCAUCUCAUAGAGCUGUGGUCACCAAAUUCCAUAGUGAAAAAAACCUCCACAGACCAACAAAAUCCUGAUGUUUUCACCAUGAAAUCACAAGCAUUCCAAAACUAUUACGAAGACAUAACCUUCCAUGACAUCCUCUUCGAUUCAAGCUACCAAGGUGGAGGAAUUUUCAUUGUGGAUUCCGUCCGAAUUCGCAUAAACAAUUGCUUUUUCCUUCAUUUCUCCUCCCAGGGAAUCUCCGUCCAAAAAGGCCAUGAAAUCUACAUCUCAAACUCAUUCCUCGGCCAACACCCCUCUGUUGGCGGUGACAAAAUCGAGAAGGAUUAUUCUGGCACUGCCAUUGCACUAGCCAGCAACGACAAUGCCAUAACCGAUGUGGCGAUUUUCUCGGCUGCCAUUGGAGUUUUAUUAACUGGACAAGCUAAUAUUCUCACCGGGGUCCAUUGCUAUAAUAAAGCUACAGGAUUUGGAGGUGUUGGAGUGUUGAUUAAGCAAUCUGGAGCUCAAUUAACCAGGCUUGAUAAUUGUUACUUGGAUUACACGGCAAUUGUGAUUGAAGAUCCUGUGCAGGUUCAUGUGACAAAUGGCUUUUUCCUGGGGGAUGCCAAUGUUGUUCUGAGGUCAAUUAAUGGCAAAAUUUCGGGGCUAAAUAUUGUGGACAAUAUGUUCAACGGCAGCCCUGGAAAAAAUGUUCCAAUUGUGCAGUUGGAAGGAGGGUUUAGUAGAAUUGAUCAAGUGGUGAUCGACAGGAACAACGUGAACGGGAUGUGGCUGAAGUCGACGGUGGGGCGAAUGGCAGUGGCUGGAAAUGGGACAAAAUGGAUGGCUGAUUUUUCUUCCAGGUUGGUGUUUCCUAACAGGAUUAGUCAUUUUCAGUAUUCAUUUUACAGGAAAGGGGUGGUGGCUCCAGGGCUUGUGACACACGCUGUGACUAACAUUUCUCACAAUUUGGUGGUUGUGGAAAGCAAUAAGGCGGUGAAUGCGGUGGUGGCGGUGACAGUUGAUCAGAAUAACAUGGUGGAAGAGAGUAAUUUUUUCUGAUUAUGAAGUGAAAAAUUAUAUUAAUAAAUAUUUGCACGAGUUUUUAUUAAUAAUCAAUCAGUUUGUAUUGUCUCCCUUGCUUAUAAUUAAGAAAAAAAUUUAUCAUUUUAAAUUCUGUAUUAA